UUGUAUGUGUGACGUUUCAUCUCUCACGCUCAGACUCUACUCACCUUCGUUUCUCCAACGGUGACGAAGAAAUUCACUUCUCUCCCCGAUUGGAAAAUCAAACUCCACCGUGAAUACUGUCCGAUCACCACCACGACUAACCCUAUCGUCUCAACCUCUCCUCUUCUAAUUCUACAAAGAUCUCUCUGAAACUACCAAAUUCAAAACCCUAUUUCUCCGCCGCCGCCACCCAUUCCUUCACCACGACUCCCAGCAUCAUUUCGUUUCUUUGAUAAUUUUGUAUACAAUGAUAAAUAGGGCUUUUGAUAUGAUCUUCCUUUUUUUUAAUGCAGGGACACAUUAGCCAAAAGACUGUGUUUGCCGUCUCCGAUAAUACGGCAGAAGCUCAGAUAUUUCUUGAGGCUCUCGAACACGGUUUAUAUGGCAUAGUUUUGAAAGUAGAAGACGUUGAGUCUGUUCUUGAGUUAAAGUUGGAAAAACUUUCAGGAAUAUUUCGACCGAAGAACAGAAGAAAACAAUGUAUUGAACUUGACCAAGGCCACUGGGGGAUCGUGUUUGUGUUGAUCUCUGCAGUCUCAUGAGGCCCGGUGAAGGACUUCUCGAGAUGGAUGGGUUUGACAGCAAUUCAGCAGUGAUUGUUCUUGGAGCAACUAAUCGUGCUGAUGUCUUAGAUCCUGCACAUCGCCGACCAGGAAGAUUUGAUCGAGUAGUUAUGGUGGAAACACCUGAUAGGAUUGGAAGAGAAUCCAUCCUGAAAGUUCACGUUUCUAAGAAAGAACUUCCAUUGGCCAAUGAUGUUUACAUUGGUGACAUUGCUUCUAUGACUACUGGAUUCACAGUGGCGGAUCUUGCGAACCUAGUAAAUGAGGCUGCUUUAUUGGCUGGAAGAAAGAACAAAGUUGUUGUGGAGAAAAUUGAUUUUAUUGAAGCUGUGGAAAGGUCAUUAGCUGUAAGUAAAUUUUUUUUGGAUUCUUUGUUUUCCAUCUGGAGUACCACGCUCCUGGAAAAUGUUCCACUACAAUGAUCUAAAGUGCUGAUGGAACUAGGUAGGAAGACUAGGAAUAAUCUAGAUUAUACUUUUUAUUUUUUGUAUUUUUUUUAUUUUUUUGUAUCGGAAAGAUAUUAAAAUGCAAAGGGAUCAUUAGAGAAACUUAUUAAACAUUUGAGUU